AAUGCCGGAGGAAGCGGGUGGGAGGCGAGGUCUUGGCUCCCACCCGGCGUUAUCAGAGCCCUUUCCAAACGCGUGAGGUUGGGUAAUUGCCGAUUUGCAUAAAUUUUAAAUAAUUAGCAUAGGUGGCAUCCCCGCACCCGGACGAGAACAGCCCCUGAACUGUAUUAAUUCCAGCCCAGGAAUGAAGAAGGGAAAAAGGGCGGAACUGCUGCAAAAGUCUGGCUUCAAAGGCGGAACUGCGGGCGUGCUUUACGGCUGAGAGGGCUCUUGCACGUGUUCCGUAGCCUGUUCGGAGGAGGAGGAGGAGGAGGAGGAGGAAAGGCGGCGGUUCCCGUGUUUGGCUGGACGUGGGGCGGGAGAGAGAGACUUUCGGUGGCUUCGCCCCCAUGGCGGCUGUCGGAGAGGACGAUCCCUCCGAGCGGGAGCUGAUCCCGAGUGAGGAGGACGAGGUGGAAGAGGUGGACCAGGAAGUGGCAGCCAAGAAGCACCAGCAACUGGUAGAUGCCCUCACCGCCUUGGUUGGUGGGAAGCGACGGCGAAAGGCUGAACGUACUGAGGCCAGCGCGCAGAUUUCAGAAUUCGAUGUGGGCGGCGGAGGUGCCAGUGAGAAAGUCCAGCUCUCGGACCUGCUGCAACCGGUGUCUGCUGUGUCGGCUCUGCGCCCCAUUCAGAAACAGCUGAAAAAAGCCCAGCAGAAAAAACCAACUGAAAUUCCACUUAGCAAGGAGGAGACUGAGCAAGUGGUGAGGGAAGCAGCUUUCGCUCAGACAGCCGAAGCGCUGAACAAAUGGGAACCCGUCGUGAAGCAGAAUCGACGGGCUGAGCAACUGGUCUUCCCGCUGCAGCAGGAGAGUGUGAACAUUAUGCCCAUCGAGGAAGUGAUAUCAAGUUGGCAGGCACGGACCCCCUUGGAGCAAGAAAUCUUCAGUCUUCUCCACAAAGCUCAGCAGCCAGUGAAGGAUCCACUUUUGACCCCACAGGAAAAAGUCUCCUUGAAGGCCAUGAGCCUGGAAGAGGCUAAGCUGCGCAGAAUGGAGCUCCAGAGAGCCCGGGCCAUACAGUCUUAUUAUGAAGCAAAAGCCCGACGGGAACGGAAAAUUAAGAGUAAAAAGUUUCACAAAAUGCUUAGGAAGGGGAAGAGUCGGAAGGUGCUGCAGGAGUUUGAGACGCUGCGGAAAUGCAAUCCCGAGGCUGCCCUGGAGCAGCUGGAGAAGAUUGAAAAAGCACGGAUUGAGGAGAGGAUGAGCCUCAAACACCAGAAUAAGGGCAGGUGGGCCAAGUCAACUGUCCUUAUGGCCAAGUAUGACCUCCAGGCUAGGCAAGCAAUGCAAGAGCAGCUGGCUCAGAACAAAGAACUAACCAAGAAGGUCUGUCCUGCCUCAGAAAGCGAAGAGGAAGACAUAGGUGACAGCCCUGAAGCACAGAAGGAUCUUGUUCCAGAGGUUGUCAAUGAGAGGCAUAUGGAUUUCAGCAACCCCUGGAUGUUAGGAAAAGGUCCUGCAGAAUCCAAGGAAAAGCCAAAUCUUCCAGUAGAAGACAGCGGAGAGAGUGAGGGAGAAGGAGAAGAACCAGUCAUGGCCAGCGAGAAGGAUCUGUCUCAAGGUUCUGAUGGACCAUGGCAGAGCCUAAAAUGUCAGCGAGGCAGUGCUGGCCUUCCAGAACCUGGCAAAGAGGAGGUCCCACCGGAUGCUCCGCCGAGCCCCCCCUCAGGGGAGCAGCCCUUCCUGAGUGAGAAGCUGAAACGGGUCCGCACCCUGGAGGAGCUGGAGGGCCUGGAGCCGGAAGACGCUCCACAAGAAGACGAGAUGCUGCAACCCAAAGAGACCCAGUCCUCCCAGUCAGUGGGAGCCGAGUCCCUGCUACAUCCCCAGAUCAGCAAGUCCAAGAAAUCAGCCAAGCAACAGAGACUGAUUGAUCUCAAGGCGGUCCUCGCGGGAACACCACGUGUCACACAGUGCCCGCUCGUGCCCGCUGCUGUGCAGGAUGAGCUGGAGUCCGCCGUGAGCCAGCGGCAGAUGAUCCAAGAGGCUUUUGCCAGCGACAACGUCCUCGAUGACUUCCUGAAAGAGAAGCGAGCAGCUGAAGAAGGCAGCAAACCCAAAGCCAUUGACCUGGUGCUUCCCGGAUGGGGCGAAUGGGGAGGCGUGGGGCUGCAGCCAAGCAAAAAAAAGAGGAAAAGGUUCCUUAUCAAGCCAGCACCUGGACCUCCGAGGAAAGACCGGCACCUGCCCCACGUCCUGCUGAACGAACAACGGAAUAUUUUAACCGCAGCUCAUCAGGUAAACCAGCUCCCAUUCCCCUUUGAGAACAGCCAACAAUUUGAACGCAGCAUCCAAGUGCCGGUGGGCUCCACUUGGAACACGCAACGGGCUUUUCAACAGCUGACAGCCCCACGGGUCAUCACUCAGCCCGGCCAGAUCAUUCAUCCCAUCACGGCAGAAGAUACCAACCUGAUCCACCAGAAGGACAGGUCAACAGCCACGGCUGGACAGAAACCAGAUUUGGAGUUAGCCCUCCCUCUCCGCCAGCCUCGUCCCCGCCAUAUCCCAAAGAAGAAAGGCCGGACUGUGUUUUUGUACCAAGGGUGAAUCUGCGAUUGCGUUUUCUUUCCUCCUAAUUUUCUCAACAAGAUGCAAAAAAAAGAACAACGAACACCCUUCAAAAUUUGCAGGCGUAACUUUAAAAAUUGGGGUGUGGGUUUUUUUUUUUUUUUUGGCCAGAGUUUGUGUUCCUAGACAUC